CCUCUUUCACCGUCAAACGCACUCUCACAGCACAGAAACGACCAACGGCCAGGAAAAAUUACCUGGCGCACCCUAUCGACACUACGCUAUCCUCAGAACGACCAUCUAUGGGCUCUGCUUCACCAGACGCGACCGCUUCUCUCUCGAUUGCCCAGCUCACCCUGACUAGCCCUUGGUACCCAUAUCUUGCCUCGACCAGCGGACUCAACAAGACCGACGCGUCUUUCGCCGCGCUGAUUCGCUGCUGUCUAGGGGAGGAGGGUCCACCGUGAGAGGUGGACGGUAAUUUUGGCCCAGCCCAGUCCUGAGUUGGCUGUGCGCAAUACACGAGAGCUUCGGAUUUGCGCACACUGAUGCAGACGGUCUAGAGUCAACGCGCAACUUAUUCUACUAGAGCAUCAGCUCUAAUACCAACGACCCACCGCACCCAUGGGGAUCUUCUCGUUCGACGACGACGACGCGCAUGCCGCGAAGGAGCAUGCGCCGCACGGCGCAGCACCUACGAUAAACGUGGACGACGACUUUGCGACCGACAAAAUGGAUAUGGAUGUGUCAAACGUUCCGCUGCCCCUCCAUGUGGGUACCCCGCCUAUCACGAUCGCAUCUCCACUGCCCAAGCGCGUCACGCAGCCCAAUCUGGAAACCCAGCAGCAAGGUCCGGACAAGUUGGAUUUCAACGCGGUCAUGAAAAAGGCACAGAAGAACAAGAAGAAGAAAAAGAAGGGUUUAGACGGCGUUGCGCCGGCUGCCAACGUUGCCCGAGGCUUCCACACUCCUGUCACGUCUGGCGGAGAGGAGUCGGACUACUCUGCUGCAGCCACGCCGCGUCUUGGACCCGCUGUCUCUGGCUUGCCCAGUAUUACCAGCAGCCCUGCGCUCAGGCCCAUUUCUUCCAUGGGUGGCAUCAGCAGCCUCAAGGCUCAGCUCGAGGCGCUCAACCUUGGCACUCGAGCAGACUCGCCCUUGAGAUGUCCGCCUGCAAAGCGAGUGAUUUCUGGCAUGUCGAGCAGCACCAGUGUGUCUGGGGUUGAUAGCACUAGCGACAGCGACCGCACGGAAAUGGACAGUUACGAAGUCAACCUGGACGAGGAUUUCAGUGCGGACGCACAGUCAAAGACUUCGACCAUGUUAGGUAACAACAUUAUGCGCAAGAUGAGCGCUGACGACUUUGAGCCUAUCAAGUGCCUCGGAAAGGGUAGUUACGGCACUGUACUUCUCGUCCGUCAGCUAAGCACUGGUCGCUUGUUUGCUCAGAAAACGUUUAAGAAGGCUUCCAUUACCGUGCACAAGAAGCUGAUCGAGCAGACCAAGACGGAACGCAACAUCCUCGAGAGUGUGAAUAGGCACCCCUUCAUCGUCAACUUCUAUUACGCGUUCCAGGAUCACGAGAAGCUCUACCUUAUUCUUGAAUACGCACAAGGUGGCGAGCUAUUUCAUCAUCUUGAGGCUGAGCGCAUGUUCUCUGAAGAUGUCACUGCUUUCUACAUGGCCGAGAUGGUACUUGCUCUUGACCACCUGCACCGCACAGUUGGCGUUAUCUAUCGCGAUCUGAAGCCCGAGAAUUGUCUUCUCGACCACGAAGGUCACCUCCUGCUUACCGACUUUGGCCUGAGCAAGGUCACACUCGACGAUGAGAGCCCUUGCCGAUCGAUCCUUGGUACUCCCGAGUACAUGGCUCCUGAAGUUAUCGAAGGCAAGGAGUACGGCGCGGCAGUCGACUGGUGGUCUCUAGGUGCUCUCGGGUACGAUCUGCUUACAGGAGCGCCUCCCUUCACCGGCAACAACAACGCCAAGAUCCAGGAGAAGAUUCUCAAGCAGAAAUUGGUCUUGCCGUUCUAUCUCAGUGCCGACGCAAAGGACCUGCUUACUCGUCUUCUGCGCAAGGAUCCUAAGAAGCGCCUCGGAUACAACAUGGCGAAGGACUUGCAGACGAUCAAGAACCACCGUUUCUUCCGCAAGAUCAACUGGAAGCAGCUACAGGCUCGCGAGCUGGAGCCACCGAUCCAGCCUCUUAUCACCGACCCUGAGAUGGCCGAGAACUUCAACCAAGAGUUCACCGACUUGCCGCUUAGCCCUGUGUUGACAAAGAGCUUCUUCAGUGAUGCGCAUAGUAACCCUUUCGGUGGCUUCAGUUUCGUAGCCAGUCAGAGCUUGCUCAAUGCUGGUGAGUGGGGAUACUGAGGAUGUUGGUGUCGACUUUUGAGUUCAUUUUCCCUGUAGGCGUCGAUUGUUGUGUUUCGGAUCGAUUCAUUUGCUUCUUUGACUUUUACAUAGCAUUACUUCACUCGAUACACCGUAGACGCAUGCCUAGUCGAGGUCCACGUAAUGUCAAA